UUUGGUGACGUGGACGAGGUAGUUUGCCAAGAAUGCCUAUUUUCAGCAAUUCUCCCUUAAACCCAUCGUCUCACUUCAUCCUCUAUAUUUACCCAAAAAUUUCUACGCCCUCAACGCCUUAACCUUGCAAAUACCCAAAUUCGUUUUUUUAGGGUUUUUAAUUUAUCAUCGUCUUCAAAUCAAGCAUCCAAUUGUUCCUAUUUCAAUCCAUUUAUCUCUCUUUCCAUGUUUAAUUAAUCUAGGUUUACUGCUAAUUCACCAUUUAUUCAUACUUUUCGCAUUCAAUUUCCUUUUGCAAUCUUAUUUCCCCUUACUAACUUCCUCCCAUUUUUCUGGAAACCUCCUAUUCCAUGUAAUUGACGAUUUCAAUUACGGUUUUCCUUUAAAUUUCUUGUUGUCUUGCAUCAUUGUUGCAGCGAUUAAGGUUAUUCUUGGGGAAAUCAUUAAAAUCGGGACUAUUUUUGUUGUUUUUCGAUGUUUUCUCGGUCUUUUAUGGUAAAGAAUUAGGGUUUUACGAGUGAGAAUUCGUUUUUUUCGAAUUUUAGGACUUUUGGGGGAAAAUGAUUAUUAAACAAGCAUCGAGUUUCGAAAAGCGGGAUCUUAAACGAUGUGAUUUUGAUGAUUCUGCUCUCGAGGAAGAUGAUAAUGGCGGGUAUAUCUACCCCAAGAAACAAAGAACUACAACAUUGUGCUAUGCGCGGAAAGGUAGUUUGGUUCAAUGCGAAAACGAUGCCACAAUGAGCUCAUCUCAUACCGAGGGCUCGUCAUUUGGUGAUGAAACUGAGUUUAAACCAAAGUAUACUGCUGUGUAUUCGAGGCGAACUUCGAGAGGUCGAGUUCCGGUGUUGUCUUCAAAACUUAACGAUUCUGUUGUUGGCUCAAGUAAGGUUAAUAAGUCGAAAUUUGCUGAUAUUGAGUCAGGUGUACAUGAAAUUUAUCUGAAAAGAAGGAAUAAUAAGAAGAUUAAUAAGCCACUAGAUUUGAAUUGCGAUACAUUUUUGGUUAAAAAGGAGUUCAAGGAGGAGAGAUUGGAGUUGCCGAGUUAUAAAUAUCAUCCUUAUUGUCAGGACAUAGAAGAAGAUGGGAUAAUGAGUGAAUAUGUGUAUAGUACUCCUUCAAUAAGUAGAUGGAACCCAACAGCAUUUGUUGGAAGUAAUGAGUAUUUUCCAGUUGCUCGACCUGACAAGAGUGUGGGCAGAAGAUCCAUCACCAAGGUGAAACAGCAGAAAGCAGUUUAUGGACCGCAAGAUUUUUCAGUGGGUGACAUAGUGUGGGCUAAAUCAGGGAAGAGGUACCCUGCCUGGCCUGCUAUUGUGAUUGAUCCAAUGCUUCAAGCACCCGAGGCGGUAUUGAGUUCGUGUAUUCCCGGUGCAAUUUGUGUCAUGUAUUUUGGUUAUUCCAAGAAUGGGAAGCGAAGGGAUUAUUCAUGGGUCAAAGGUGGAAUGAUUUUCCCAUUUUUUGACUAUCUGGAAAGAUUUCAGGGGCAGACUGAUUUGCAUAAGAGCAAACCUAGUGAUUUUAGGAUGGCCAUUGAGGAGGCCCUUCUAGCAGAGCAAGGGUUUAUGGAUGGGCAUUUGGGAACACCAACUACUCUUUAUGAUGGAUUUCAUGAGGCAAGUGGUCCCAACCAGUUUCAAGAAUGUGCUUCUCAGUGCCAGGACAUUCAUGAGAAAAAAAGAGAUGCACGCCCUUGUAAUGGUUGUGGGUUACUUCUUUCUUACAGAUCUUUUCUCCCACAUGAAGGGCGGUUGCUGUGUAAACAUUGUGUGAAGUUGUUAAAGUCAAAGCAGUAUUGUGGUGUGUGCAAGAAAAUCUGGCACCAUUCUGAUGGUGGAAGCUGGGUGUGUUGUGAUGGCUGUGAUGUUUGGGUGCAUGCUGAGUGUGCUGAAAUAUGUGGUAAAAAUCUCAAGGAUUUAGAAGAUGCUGAGUAUUACUGCCCUGAUUGCAAGCCAAAGUUUGCAUAUAAGCCAUCAUCCUCAAUAGUGUUACCUGAUGUAAGACAAACGGUGCCGCCCACUCAGGUAACUGUUGUGUGCAAUGGUAUGGAAGCAUCUUAUAUUCCAAACCUUCAUUUGGUUGUAUGUAACUGUGGUAAAUGUGGGACUCGGAAGCAGUCAUUAAGUGAAUGGGAAAAGCACACAGGUUGUAGAGCGAAGAAGUGGAAGUAUAGUGUCAAAAUCAAGGGUUCAAAGAUCACCUUGCAUCAGUGGCUUACUAAUAUUGGAGCUAGUAAUUGUGAUACUCAAAAGCUGGAUCAGUUUAGGCUAUUUGCCUUUUUGAGAGAAAAAUAUGAACCUAUUUAUGCAAGAUGGACAACGGAACGAUGUGCCAUAUGCCGAUGGGUUGAAGAUUGGGACUACAAUAAAAUAAUAAUUUGCAACAAGUGUCAAAUAGCUGUUCACCAAGAAUGCUACGGGGCCAGAAAUGUUCACGAUUUCACAUCUUGGGUUUGCAGAUCUUGUGAAAUUUCUGAUGUGAACAGAGAGUGUUGCCUUUGUCCUGUUAAAGGUGGUGCUCUGAAGCCUACUGAUAUAGACACUUUAUGGGUUCAUGUCACAUGUGCUUGGUUUCAACCUGAAGUUGCCUUCCUAGAUCAUGAGAAAAUGGAACCGGCUAUGGGCAUCUUGAGACUUCCUAUAAACUCAUUUAUGAAGAAAUGUGUUAUAUGUAAACAGAUUCAUGGAUCCUGCAUUCAGUGUUGCAAGUGUGCUACCUAUUAUCAUGCAACUUGUGCAGCAAGGGCAGGAUAUUGCAUGGAACUGCAGUGUAUGGAGAAAAAUGGGUCACAGAUAACAAGAAAGGUGUCUUACUGUGCUGUCCAUAGGAGCCCUAGUCCAGAUGCAGUGUUAGAUGUGCAAACUCCAGAAGGGGCUUUUUUCUCAACAAGAUUGUUGCUCCAAGACCAGAGGCAAUCAGGAAAUUGCAAAAGUUCAAGGCUCAUUUCUAAAAGAAUUGAACUUCCUGAUCCUAUGCCUUCAAAACCUGUUCAAUUUGAUUCCCUAUCUGCUGCAAGGUGCCAAGUGUAUACUAAGUCAAAGAAUAAGAUUGUGUGCAAAGAUCCAAUAUUCCAUCGUCUGAUGGGCCCAGUUCAUCAUGAUAUAAUUAAGAUAGAUCUUAUGAAUUUUUCCAAGGAGUCCAAUACUUCAAAGCAGUUCUCUUCACUCAAGGAGCGCCUUUGUCAGUUGAAGAAAACAGAGAACCAGCGGGUUUGUUUUGGGAAAUCUGGAAUCCAUGGUUGGGGUCUCUUUGCACGGCGUAAUAUCCAAGAAGGAGAAAUGGUCAUUGAAUAUCGCGGUGAACAGGUGAGGCGCAGUGUUGCAGACUUGAGAGAGGCACAUUAUCGCUCAGAAGGAAAAGAUUGCUAUCUGUUCAAGGUUAGUGAGGAAUUAGUAAUUGAUGCUACCAGCAAAGGAAACAUUGCUCGCUUAAUCAACCACUCUUGCAUGCCCAACUGCUACGCUAGGAUUAUGAGCAUGGAGAACAACGAAAGCCGGAUAGUGCUUAUAGCCAGGACUAGUGUUUCUGCCGGUAAAGAGUUAACUUACGAUUACCUAUUUGAUCCUGAUGAACGCGAUGACUCAAAAGUCCCUUGCCUUUGUAGAGCACCUAAUUGCCGUAAAUUUAUGAAUUGAACCACCAAUUUUUACCCAUCUAAUUACAGCUGUCAUGAAGUUUAGGGUUCCUCCACCCUCACGCUCCUCACCUGAUGAUCACUGUAAAUUUACCAGCUUAUGGCCAGUGACAAUUUUGUAUACAAUUUCAUUCUUCAAAUGUAAUUAUUUAUAGCCAUUAUUAUUUUUUGUAACGGUUAUCAUUGCAUUUUAUACCGUUCUCAAACGUACUAUUGAGGCUCGAACUAAAUGUAGUUGGAUUAAGUUUUGAAAUGCAGAGUUUUUGGAGCUGAUUUGAUGUAUACAAUGAGCUUGAUCUGGUGCUUGUAACCAUAUUCAUAUUGGUUAAUGUUUUUUUGACUUUGUU